ACUAUAAUUAAAGAAAUCUGAUUUCUUUUUCUUUUCUUCGCUUUCCACCUCCUUAAACCUCCAAAAAUUCUCAUUUCAUUCUCGACGAAUUUUUCCCUUUAUCUCUCAUUUUCUUCGAUGAAUUGAAAUCUCCGAUAAUCAAUCAAUCGAUCGCAAUUUCAAGGUGCGAUAAUGGCGGAUGAGCUUGCGAAGCUUAUCGAAGCUGUAUCAGCUACUCAAAAUGAUCUAUGUUUGAGGCUUAGAACUUCUAGUUCACUUAAAUUAGGGCUGUACCGUUUCUGUUCUAUUCUUAAUUACGGUGUUAAAGUGAUCGAUGACGAAAAACGUAAUGAUAUUGAUAUCAAGUUAGGGCUUGAAUCUUGGAGUGUUUCGCAGAUUCAUUCUGUUUGUUCUAUCGCGACUUUGAUUGCUUCUGCUUCGCGAUCUCUUUCUGUUGAGCAUGUAGAGCCUGUUGUUGUUGCCACUUUGCAUGAAUCGAUGGAGUUCGCUUUAUGUUGCUUGGAGAAAUCAAGAAAUUAUAAUGAUGAUAUGAAUUUGCAGAUUAUGGCAGUGAAGUUACUGGAAACAGGAUUGCUUAGUCAGAUGGAUAGCGAAUCUGAUUCUUCACUUUCCAGCUUGGGAAGUUCCCUUGUGGACAGCUUGCCUCUUGUAUCCUGUACAGAAGAAGGUUCUUUGUUUGAAGAGCACAUCCGGUGGAAUUUUCGAGGAGAACAACCUGUUGAUCAGCUUGUUAUGACUUUGGCCUCGGAUACAGAACUUGAUAAUGCCACACUGUCCCCUUCUUAUUCAACCUUCUCCCAGGAUUUCAACAAGUUGGUGUCUUCUUCUCAGCAGUGGGCUGUUCUUCGAUUAGCAUGCAUCCAUCGACUCAUUUUAAUUUGUAAAAAAAUUGUUCAGCCUCUAGAAGCAUUUGAUGUGAAAACAGCAGAGUCAAGCAUUUGCCAGAGAUUAUCAAUCGUAUUAAAUAUUUUGAAGCUACUUGGCAAUCUUGCAAGGAGUGUCCCUUAUGUUGAAAUUGGCUCUAAAAUGUUGCAAAGUGUUGCUGCUUUUACAGAUAUGCUUCCUGGCAUGUUUAGACCUGAGCUUGAGUUCAUAAGUAGCAACAUAGCUUCUGACUAUGAAGGUAUUGUAUUGAGCAUCCUUGAAGAGUUUCUACAUUUGAUAAAACUACUCAGCUGCAAUAAGAUGGUCUUCCAAAAUGUUAGGGCAUGUGUACUGUCAUCUAUUAUUAGUCUUUUGGAUCUUAGUUUAUGGAGAUAUAACAAGUCAGUGAGUAGUUUGAAGCCUCCUUUGGUUUACUUUCCUCGAUGUGUAACAUAUAUAGUGAAACUUAUUGGAGAUGUGAAGAGUCAAGGUAAUGAUAUGCAUCUGGUGAAGGAUUCUCGCUCUGACUUCUCAUUUGGCAGUGCUGAUUUUGAGACCAGAGGUGUUUGUCAUGUUCAGUCUGGUGAAAUAAGACUGACUGAGAACUAUGCAGUUGAGGAUCUCUUGAAAAUUAUAUUUCCAAAAUCAAUUCAGUGGGUGGAUAAUUUGAUUCAUCUUCUUUAUUUCUUGCACACUGAAGGAGUGAAAUUGCAACCGAAACUUGAGAAAUCUUGUUCUAGUGUGAAAUCUAUUUCUAUUUCCGAGUUAGAAAACACAGGUGGCCAUGAUGAUGAGGCGCUAUUUGGGGAUCUCUUUUCUGAGGGUGGUCGUUCGGUUGGAUCAAAUGAUGGGUAUGAUCAAGCACCUGCUGUUAAUCCUCUCACUGUGUUCUAUAACUUGGUGAUACAAGCUGGUACAGAAUUACUCAUCUUCCUUAAGUCCUGCAUAUUUUCUUCAGAAUGGUGUGCUUGUGUCUAUGAGGAUGCUUGCAAAAAGCUUAGUAGAGAUAAUAUUAAUUCUCUAUUGUCAAUACUCGGCUGUCAUAUUUCUUACUCCGAGGGUUUUGAUGGUAGUGUUGUACAUGAGCAGAGUAAGAUGGAGCAAAUUCAAGAUAUUUGUUUGGAGAUGUUUAUUGGUUUGCUCAAGCGUCAUGCUCUCUCUGAUGAGCUUGAAGAGUACCUUGUUCGCCAAAUUUUGAAGGUUGAAAAUGGACAUUAUGUUUACAGUGAUCAAACACUUGCCUUGCUUGCUCAGACUUUAAUUUGUAGGGUGGGUUCCACUGGGAGCCAUUUGAGGAUUAUGGUUUAUCGGCAGUUCUUGAAUUUCAUUGUUGAGAAAGAAAAAGUUGUGCGUGCAGAUUGUCCUAUUCUUGGGGAAUUUCUAAUCUCUCUUCCUAAUGUCUUCCAUUUGGAGAUCAUUCUUUUGGCUUUCCAUCUGUCUUCUGAAAGUGAGAAGAUGACAUUAGCUGACCUUAUCUUUUCUACUUUAAAGAACAUUGUUGCCAGUUUACCAAUAUUGAGCGGUUCACAGCUGUCCUGCUGGGCUUUGAUAGUUUCACGAUUGAUUGUUGUUUUUAGACAUAUGAUGCUAAACUCACGGGCUUGUCCAACUUCAUUGCUGAUGAAUUUCAGAUCUAAGCUGAAUGCAGCCAGAUCUGUUGGAUCCCAUUAUCCGCAUCUCGAUGAUCCUGUGAUAUGUUGGUCUUCACUAGUAAUUAAUAAUCUUAUGAGUCCUUUAAUUAAAGAAGAGCCUCACCUCAGCAACCUGCUUAAUCACCUUAUUGAUUUUGAAUCUAUGCCCGCGAGGCCAUUCAGCUGUGAUGAAGCUGAUUUAAGACUGUCUUGGAGUUGGAAUGACAUAUAUGCUGUCUUCUCACCAGUUUUGAUGCUAUGGAAGGAUAAGAAGGCUGCAACCGUGGAAGAUUUGGUUCUUGAGAGAUACAUGUUUCUGCUUUGCUGGGAUAUACCUGCUACUGGGUUAUCUCCGAAUCACCUGUCUGCUGUUUGGAGUAUGGACGGUGUUUUUGAUGCAUCAAAUGUUCAUCAUUUCAUUCUUGUUAGCCAUUUGAUUUUAGGACACUACAAUUUUGUGAAUAGCGAUGUGGACCUUGUGGAUAUUAGCGUUAGCUUGCUUCAGCAUUUCUGUUCUGUUGCCAUGCCUGACAACAUUCUGGAGUUGGGUUGGAGCUUUUUCAGAAGUGGGCAAUGGCUUUCCCUAAUUCUUUCUUUCCUUUAUACAGGUUCUGAAAGUUACUGUUUUAAUAAGGCUCUCUCUGGAGUCGGCAAUCUACGUAUUGGAAAUGCAUCUGAUAUUGAGUUGGUUUCUUUUGCGGAAAGCUGCAUUGCCAAGCUGUUGGAGACUGAUAAGGUCUCUGUCAUUUUGAAAAGCUUAUCCUCAAUAUUGGCAAGAUAUAUCAGAAUUUACCAGAAGUCCUUUUUGUUCACCAUCAGUGAGGAUCAAUCACAACACCUUACUCUUUUGCUUCUCAAACACACUGAAUUUGAGGAUUGCGUGAAGGAUGAAAUUCAAGCAAAGAAUGGUCUUGUUCAUGAGGGGCUGGAGUCUUUCUACUCCCUCCUUCAAAAGAUUGAUAAUGUAGUUAGCAAGAGGGCUUCGAAUUCACCGGGUGUUAUAUAUUCUGAAUGUGCGCUUCAUGGUUUCCCUUCUCAUCGUCAAACUUCCAGUGGGACUCUAGUUUCCUCUAUCCUCUGUAUCAAAGGGAUAAUUUGUCUUCUUGAGUUGCUCUUUAAAAUCAUAGGCGCUAGUGCAGCAAUAUCUGUGGAGACUGACGUCCUGCAUGACAUUCUUGACUCGGUGAUGUCAGUGAAAUAUGACAGGAUCUUAAUGAAUCUGGGUGGGAAGUGUAGAGAUAUAUGUAUUGGAUGUACUGGUGCUGAAUGCCCAGAUUAUAGCUUGUUGUUCUUGUUGAAGCAGAUUGAAGGAUUUCUUUCAGACAUUAAUCUUAGUGAGAAUGUUGACCAUGCUAAGCUUGAACAGCUACUUGUCAAAGCUGUUGACACAAUGGACAGUCUUCAUCGAGAUCCUUUAGGGGACCAUAUCUUUAGAUUUUAUAUUGGUUCGAAUGAUGUUCCUCAACAGGUUGUUGACCUUUAUGGUCUACAGCGUGGUGAUUUGCUUGUACUGAUUGACUCUCUGGAUAGUUGUUGCUCCGAAUCUGUAAAUGUGAAGGUUCUUAAUUUCCUUAUUGAUGUUUUAUCAGGGGACCUGGGUCAUUGUGUCAAACAGAAAAUACAAAAGAAAUUCCUUGCAAUGGAUGUAAACUCUUUGUCCAAAUGGUUUGAAAAGAGAUUGUUGAGUUUCCCAGCUGCAGAUUCUGGUAGUCUUGCAUCAACUGCAUGUGCCAGAGGGAGUUCAAUGUCUCUCCGGGAGUCUACCAUGAGCUUUAUAUUGUGCCUCGUAUCUUCUGAUGAUUCGCUUUCGAGAGAGUUAUUCAGUCAUAUGUUCAAUGGAUUACUGCUAGCCUUGGAGACAGCAUUCACAGUAUAUGAUAUUCAUACUGCAAAAUCAUAUUUUGGCUUUGUGACUCAACUUUUAAGAGAUGAGGCUUCUAUGAGACUACUGCUGCAGAAUAGUCUCUCCUUGAUGGAGAAGCUAGCUGUUGAUGAGCAUCAACUGCAGGGGCUGAAGUUCCUUUUUAGUUUUUUUGAGACUAUCCUGUCUGAUUCUGGAUCAUUUUCAGCCAUGCCAGCUAAGAACACUGGGAAAUCCUUGUCCGAAAGCUGUCGAGGGCUGGGUUCUAGUGUUAGUAGACAAGCUAGUUCGAGAAAAAAUUCUGAGACUUUCAUUCUUAGUGCUAAUCAGGAUGGCACCUCAGUACCUUUUGAGUGUGAUGCAGCAUCUAUUGAUGAAGAUGAGGAUGAUGGAACUUCUGAUGGGGAGGCAGCUAGUAUAGACAAGGAUGAUGAAGAUGAUGCUAAUAGUGAAAGAGCACUUGCUUCCAAGGUUUGCACUUUUACCUCCAGCGGCAGCAAUUUCAUGGAACAACAUUGGUACUUUUGUUAUACUUGUGAUCUAACCGUCUCAAAAGGAUGUUGCUCUGUUUGCGCUAAAGUAUGUCACCGUGGUCAUCGUGUUGUUUAUUCACGUUCCAGUCGUUUCUUUUGUGACUGUGGUGCUGGAGGUGUUAGGGGGAGUACUUGCCAAUGUUUGAAGCCGAGGAAAUUUACUGGUAGCAGCGCUACACCAAAUAGGAGUGCUGGCAAUUUCCAACCGUUGCUUCCUUUUACUGAAGGAGAACAGUUGCCAGAUAGUGAUUCCGAUCCUGAUGAAGAUGUAUCCAUUGAAGCAGAAAACUCUCUGAGGCUUUCUGUCCCUGAUGAAAUCCAAGGUGUAAUUCCACGCCUUUAUGAAGAACUUAAUCUCGAGGCCCAGGUUCUUAAAGUUUGUGACUUGCUUCUGCCAUCCAUCACAAAGAGAAGAGAUGGCAACCUUUCUAGAGAUAAGAAUUUGAUUUUAGGAGAAGAUAAAGUACUAUUAUAUGGUUCUGACCACCUACUUUUGAAGAAGGCGUACAAAAGUGGUUCAUUAGAUCUGAAGAUUAAGGCAGAUUACUCCAAUUCAAAGGAACUACGAUCACUUCUGGCCACUGGUUUUCUAAUGAAAUCCUUGCUUAGUGUUAGCACUCGUGGGAGGCUUGCUGUGGGAGAGGGUGAUAAAGUUGCUAUAUUUGAUGUUGGACAGCUGAUUGGGCAUGCCACUGUUGCACCUGUGACUGCGGACAAGACUAAUGUGAAGCCUCUCUCCAAGAAUAUUGUUCGUUUUGAAAUCGUACAUCUUGCUUUUAACCCUUUGGUUGAGAAUUAUCUUGCUGUUGCGGGUUAUGAAGACUGCCAGGUCUUUACUGUUAGUCCCCGGGGUGAGGUGACUGAUCGUCUUGCCAUUGAACUGGCUCUUCAGGGUGCUUAUAUUAGGAGGGUUGAUUGGGUUCCAGGUUCUCAAGUGCAACUUAUGGUUGUCACUAAUAAAUUUGUUAAGAUUUAUGAUCUGUCACAGGACAACAUCAGCCCCUUGCAUUACUUCACCUUGGCAGAUCAGAUGAUCAUGGAUGCUGUACUCUCUGUGGCAUCUCAGGGUAAGGUGUAUCUGAUUGUACUUUCAGAACUGGGUAGCUUGUUCAAGCUUGAAUUAUCAACAGAAAUUAAUGUGGGGACCAAACAAUUGAAUGAAAAAGUUGAGAUUCCCAAAAGGGAUUACCAUGUCAAAGGAUCGUCUUUGUAUUUCUCACCAACCUAUAAGUUACUUUUUGUAUCAUAUCAAGAUGGUAGUACACUUAUUGGUCGGUUGAGCUCUGAUGCGACAUCUUUAACAGAGAAUUCUGCUGUAUAUGAGGAUGAACAAGAUGACAAGCGUCGACCUGCUGGGUUGCAUCAUUGGAAAGAAUUAGUUCCGGGUAGUGGGUUUUUUGUAUGCUUUUCGAGUUGGAAAUCAAAUGCUGCACUUACUGUGUCAAUGGGGGAUCAUGAGAUUUUUGCUCAGAAUAUACGGCAUGCAGUUGGUUCAAACUCAUCUGUGGUUGGGGUAACUGCAUACAAGCCCAUAUCCAAGGACAAAUUUCACACUCUAGUCCUGCAUGAUGAUGGUAGCCUUCAGAUAUUUUCACCUGUUCAAGCUGGAGUUGAUUCUGGGUCAAAUGCAAUAGCUGAGAAAGUCAAAAAACUGGGUCCGAACAUACUUAAUAAUAAAGCUUACUCUGGAGUAAAUCCUGAAUUUCCUCUUGAUUUCUUUGAGAAGACAGUGUGCCUCACUUCUGAUGUGAAACUGGGUGGUGAUGCCGUUCGAAAUGGUGAUUCUGAAGGAGCUAAACAGAGCUUGGGAUCUGAGGAUGGAUUUCUCGAAAGCCCCAACACUUCUGGUUUCAAGAUUACUGUCUCAAAUCCAAACCCUGAUAUAGUAAUGGUUGGCAUCCGUGUACAUGUUGGAAAUACCUCGGCCAGUCACAUUCCGUCUAAUAUAACCAUUUUUCAGAGGGUGAUUAAAUUAGAUGAAGGCAUGCGUUGUUGGUAUGACAUCCCUUUUACUAUUGCCGAAUCUCUCCUUGCUGAUGAGGAAUUUACAGUCUCAGUUGGACCUGCUUUCAAUGGCUCUGCAUUGCCUAGAAUAGACACACUGGAGGUUUAUGGACGCCCUAAGGAUGAAUUUGGCUGGAAAGAAAAAAUGGAUGCAGUUCUAGACAUGGAAGCCCGUGUUCUUGGAAGUAAUUCUUGGGGUACAGCUUCAAGGAAAAAAAUCAGUUCUAUGCAGUCUGUGCCUCCUGAGGAACAAGUGUUGGCAGACGGGCUCAAACUUCUAUCGAAAUUGUAUUUACUGUGCAAGCCUCAGGGCCUGAAAGCUGAAGAUGUGAAACCUGAAUCAAGCAUACUCAGGUGCAAGCAGUUGCUUGAAACGGUUUUUGAAAGUGACAGGGAGCUAUUACUGCAGUCUUCUGCAUGCCGUAUCUUGCAGGCUGUAUUCCCUAAAAGAGAAACUUAUUACCAGGUUAAGGACAGUAUGCGCCUUCUCGGUGUGGUGAAAUCGGCAACUUUGCUAUUGUCAAGGUUGGGGGUUGGGGGUUCUACCUCAGCGUGGAUAAUUGAGGAAUUCACUGCUCAGAUGCGUGCUGUAUCUAAGAUUGCUCUUCAUCGGAGGUCAAAUUUGGCUGUUUUUCUCGAGACAAAUGGUUCUCAAGUAGUUGAUGGACUUAUGCAAGUUUUGUGGGGAAUAUUGGAGAUAGAGCAGCCUGACACUCAAACCAUGAAUAAUAUUGUUGUAUCUGCUGUGGAGCUAAUUUACUGUUAUGCAGAAUGUUUAGCUUUGCAUGCGAAGGAUGUAGGUGGACAUUCUGUUUCAGCUGCAGUAGUAGUGUUGAAGAAGCUCCUAUUUUCAACUAAUGAGGCUGUCCAGACAGCAAGCAGCUUGGCAAUUUCUUCAAGACUGCUCCAGGUUCCAUUUCCAAAGCAAACUAUGCUGGCCACUGAUGAUGUAGCAGACAUUGCAGCUUCAGCAUCUGCUAAUCCUGAUACAGUGACGGCAUCUGGAGGCAAUGCACAGGUCAUAAUGGAAGAAGAUUCUCUCACAUCCUCGGUUCAAUAUUGUUGUGAUGGUUGCUCCACAGUUCCUAUACUGAGGCGAAGAUGGCAUUGUACCAUUUGUCCUGAUUUUGAUUUAUGUGAAGCGUGUUAUGAAGUACUGGAUUCAGAUAGGCUUCCUCCGCCACAUUCCCGAGAUCAUCCGAUGACGGCAAUCCCAAUAGAAGUAGAGACUUUAGGUGGAGAAGGCAGUGACAUCCAAUUCCCCACUGAUGAGUCAAGUGACUCAAGCAUCUUGCCAAGGUCAUUAAAUGUGCAAAAUUCAACCACAUCUAUCCAUGUGCUGGAACCUAAUGAGCAUGAGGAUUUCUCACCUUCGGUGCUGGAUCCUGUCUUAAUCUCUGCUUCCAAGCGCGCUGUGAAUUCCUUGCUUAUCUCUGAGCUUUUAGAGCAACUCAGAGGCUGGAUGGAAGCAACCUCUGGUGUUCGAGCUAUUCCGGUUAUGCAGCUUUUCUACCGGCUUUCUUCUGCUGUUGGUGGGCCAUUUAUACACAGCUCUGACCCUGAAAGCUUAGAUCUGGAAAAAUUGAUUAAGUGGUUUCUGGAUCAAAUUAAUCUCAAGAAACAAUUUGUUGCCAGAACCCGGUCUUCAUGCGGUGAAGUCACUAUUCUCGUCUUUACGUUCUUUACCUUGAUGCUAAGAAAUUGGCACCAGCCUGGGAGUGAUACUGCUGUUCCAAAAUCUGGCGGAUCUUCUGAUGUACUUGAUAGAAGCUAUACUCAAAGUCCAUCGUCUGCUGCAAUUACUGCAGCAGUUUCUUCGGAUAACCAAGAUAAGAAUGACUUUGCUGCGCAACUGCAAAGAGCUUGUAAUAUCCUUCGCCAACAGUCUUUUGUAAACUAUCUCAUGGAUAUUUUGCAGCAGUUGGUUCAUGUUUUCAAGUCUUCUGCUGGUAAUCUUGAAAUUUCAUCUGCUUCACACCCUGGUUCUGGUUGUGGAGCUUUACUAAGUGUUCGAAGAGAACUGCCAGCUGGAAAUUUUUCUCCAUUCUUUUCUGAUUCUUAUGCAAAAUCCCAUCGUGUUGACAUUUUUGCUGACUAUCAUAGGCUCUUGUUGGAGAAUACUUUUCGUUUGGUCUACAGUUUGGUUCGUCCUGAAAAGCAUGACAAGACGGGGGAAAAAGAGAAGGUGUAUAAAUUUUCUUCCAGUAAGGACCUAAAAUUAGACGGUUAUCAAGAUGUUCUUUGCAGUUACAUAAACAAUCCUCAGACAACUUUUGUUAGAAGGUAUGCAAGAAAACUUUUUCUUCAUUUAUGUGGAAGCAAGUCUCAUUAUUACAGUGUUCGAGACUCGUGGCAGUUCUCGAGUGAAAUUAAGAGGUUACACAAGCAUGUGAACAAGACGGGUACAUUUCAGAAUCCUGUCUCAUAUGAGAGAAGUGUUAAAAUUAUUAAGUGCUUGUGCACAAUGGCUGAAGUAGCUGCUGCACGUCCUAGAAACUGGCAGAAGUAUUGUUUAAGACAUGCAGAUGUUUUGCCUCUUUUGUUGAAGUGGAUAUUCUACCUUGGUGAGGAGUCUGUUAUUCAAACACUUAAACUCCUAAAUUUGGCUUUCUACACUGGAAAGGACAUAAGCCAUUCUUCUCAAAAAGCAGAAUCAGGGGAUGCUGCAGUUGGCUCAAACAAAUCUGCUUCACAGUCACAGGAUUCCAAGAAAAAGAAAAAAGGUGAUGAUGGGAUAGAGUCUAAUUCUGAAAAAUUUUGCUUCGAUAUGGAAGUGGCAGUUGACAUCUUUACUGAUAUGGAUGGUAAAGUUUUGAGGCAGUUCAUUGAUUGUUUUCUUCUGGAGUGGAAUUCAAGUGCUGUUCGUGUUGAAGCAAAGUGUGUUCUUCAUGGCAUCUGGCAGCAUGGGAAGCAGUAUUUUAAGGAGAACAUGUUGAGGGUUCUUUUGGGGAAAGUGAAAUGUUUGCCCAUGUAUGGACCAAAUAUUGCUGAGUAUACCGAAUUGCUUACAUGUUUGCUUGGCAAAGUCCCUGAUGUCAGCUCAAAGCAUUUAAAUGUUGAACUUCUAGAUAAAUGCUUUACUUCUGACGUCAUUCAAUGCUUCUAUGAGACUCUUCAUAUGCAAAAUGAACUUCUGGCAAACCAUCCCAAUUCCCGAAUCUAUAACACAUUGAGUGGUCUUGUGGAAUUUGAUGGAUAUUACCUAGAGAGUGAGCCUUGUGUUUCUUGUAGCUCUCCUGAGGUGCCCUACAGCAGGAUUAAGCUAGAGAACCUUAAAUCUGAGACAAAAUACACAGACAACCGGAUAAUAGUGAAAUGCACGGGAAGCUACACCAUCCAAUCUGUUACAAUGAAUGUGCAUGAUGCUCGUAAGUCCAAAUCAGUGAAGGUUCUGAACUUGUACUACAACAACAGACCUGUGACUGAUUUAUCGGAGUUGAAAAACAAUUGGUCUCUAUGGAAGCGUGCGAAAAGUUGCCACCUCACAUCUAACCAGACGGAGCUGAAAGUAGAUUUUCCCAUUCCGAUAACUGCUUGCAAUUUCAUGAUUGAACUUGAUUCUUUCUAUGAAAAUCUUCAGGCUUCAUCAAUGGAGCCUUUGCAAUGCCCGAGAUGUAGUCGGCCCGUCACGGAUAGGCAUGGUAUCUGCAGCAACUGCCAUGAGAAUGCAUAUCAAUGUAGACAAUGUCGUAAUAUUAAUUACGAAAAUCUGGAUUCGUUUUUGUGCAAUGAAUGUGGAUACAGCAAAUAUGGUCGUUUUGAAUUCAACUUCAUGGCAAAACCGAGCUUUACCUUUGAUAACAUGGAAAAUGAUGAAGAUAUGAAGAGAGGACUUGCUGCAAUAGAAUCUGAAUCGGAAAUUGCUCACAGGAGAUAUCAGCAAUUACUGGGGUUCAAAAAACCCUUGCUUAAGAUUGUAUCCAGCAUCGGUGAGAAUGAAAUAGACUCACAGCAAAAGGAUUCUGUCCAGCAGAUGAUGGUUUCCUUGCCUGGGCCGUCUUGUAAAAUAAACCGUAAAAUUGCACUUCUAGGUGUACUCUAUGGUGAGAAGUGCAAGGCAGCCUUUGAUUCUGUGAGCAAAAGUGUCCAGACCCUGCAAGGUCUUCGGCGAGUUCUGAUGAAUUAUUUGCACCAAAAACAUUGUGACAACACAACAGAACCUUCAAGAUUUGUGGUUUCCAGGUCACCAAGCAGUUGUUAUGGCUGUGCAACCACGUUUGUUGUUCAGUGCCUUGAGAUAUUGCAGGUACUUUCCAAGCAUUCCAAUUCUAAGAAACAGCUUGUUGCAUCUGGCAUCUUAACGGAAUUGUUUGAAAACAACAUUCAUCAAGGUCCGAGAACUGCCCGCUCACAAGCAAGAGCAGUGCUUUGUGCUUUUUCUGAGGGUGAUAUGGAUGCUGUUGGUCAAUUGAACAGUCUAAUACAGAAGAAGGUCAUGUACUGCCUUGAACAUCAUCGAUCCAUGGACAUUGCUGUGGCCACCCGAGAAGAAAUGCUGUUGCUUUCUGAGGUUUGUUCAUCAACCGAUGAAUUUUGGGAGUCAAGGUUGCGUGUUGUUUUCCAGUUGCUAUUCACUUCAAUAAAAGUGGGUUCGAAUCAUCCAGUGAUUUCUGAGCAUGUGAUUCUUCCUUGCCUGAGGAUCAUAUCUCAGGCAUGUACCCCACCAAAAUCUGACAUACUGGAGAAAGAAACAGUUGGCAACUCAUCGGAUGGGCAAAUCAUAAAAGAUGAUAAUACUUCUGAUGCUUCUUGUACCUUGGGUGCUUCAGUUAAUGGGGGAAAGUCUACAUCAGAGAUGGUGGAGAGAAAUUGGAACGGUUCUGAAAAGACUAAGGACAUACAGCUGUUGAGCUAUUCAGAAUGGGAACGGGGGGCAUCAUAUCUUGACUUUGUUAGGAGGCAGUGCAAAGUUUCACAGGUAGUCAAAGGUUCCAGCCACAAGUCACGGUCUCAAAGAUAUGACUUCUUAGCUUUGAAAUAUGGACUUAGGUGGAAGCGCCGUGCAUGUGCUCGGUGUAAUUUGUCAUCAUUUGAACUGGGAUCUUGGGUUUCAGAACUUAUUCUAAGUGCUUGUUCGCAAUCAAUAAGAUCAGAGAUGUGUAUGUUGGUUAACCUUCUCUGUGCCCAGAGCUCUUCAAGACGGUUCCGUUUAUUGAACUUGUUAAUGACAUGGUUACCCUUGACUCUUACUGCUGCUGAAAAUGCUGUGGAGUAUUUUGAUUUACUCUUCAAGAUGAUAGAGACAGAAGAUGCUCGUUUAUUUCUUACCGUUAAGGGAUGUUUGAGUACUAUAUGCAAGUUGAUUACCAAAGAAGUUAACAACAUUGAUUCACUAGAGAGGAGCCUUCAUAUUGAUAUUUCGCAAGGGUUUAUACUUCACAAAUUAAUAGAGCUUCUUGGAAAAUUUUUGGAGAUCCCAAACAUCAGAGCUAGAUUCAUGCGAGAUGAAUUACUUUCAGAAGUUCUAGAAUCUCUCAUCAUCAUCCGUGGACUGGUGGUCCAGAAGACAAAGUUGAUCAGUGAUUGCAAUCGUCUAUUAAAAGAUCUUCUUGACAGCCUUUUGCAGGAAAGCAGUGAGAAUAAGCGACAGUUCAUACGGGCUUGUAUAUGUGGUUUGCAAAUUCAUGGAGAUGAAAAGAAAGGACAAAUUUCUUUGUUUAUCUUGGAGCAGCUUUGUAAUUUGAUCUCUCCGUCAAAACCAGAAUCAGUGUACUUGUUAAUCCUUAAUAAAGCCCAUACUCAGGAAGAAUUUAUCAGAGGCUCCAUGACAAAAAACCCUUAUUCCAGUUCUGAGGUUGGUCCGUUAAUGCGUGAUGUAAAAAACAAAAUCUGCCAUCAGUUGGAUCUGUUGGGUCUUGUAGAAGAUGACUAUGGAAUGGAACUGUUAGUUGCUGGGAAUAUCAUUUCUCUUGAUCUGACUGUUGCGCAAGUUUAUGAGCAAGUGUGGAAGAAAGCCAGCUUUCAAUCUUCAAAUACUGUAGCUAAUGCGACCAUGCUACCUGCUGGUGCUACUGCUUCAGCGAGGGAUUCUCCUCCAAUGAUCGUAACAUAUCGUCUUCAGGGAUUAGAUGGUGAAGCUACAGAACCCAUGAUAAAAGAGUUGGAUGAAGAUAGAGAGGAAUCUCAAGAUCCAGAGGUGGAGUUUGCAAUAGCAGGUGCUGUUAGGGAGUAUGGUGGGUUAGAAAUCUUAUUGGACAUGAUUAAGCGCCUGCGAGAUGAUCUGAAAUCCAACCAUGAACAGUUGAUUGUGGUGCUCAAUCUUCUUAUGCAUUGCUGCAAGAUACGAGAGAAUAGACGAGCCUUACUGAGGCUGGGAGCUUUGAGUCUACUUCUUGAAACAGCAAGACGUGCUUUUGCUGUUGAUGCUAUGGAGGCUGCUGAAGGAAUUCUUUUGAUUGUUGAGGCGCUGACUUUGGAAGCUAAUGAGAGUGAAAACAUAAGUAUUACCCAGAGUGGUCUUACCAUCACGAGCGAGGAAACUGGUGCUGGCGAACAGGCCAAGAAGAUAGUUCUAAUGUUCUUGGAACGAUUAUCUAAUACUUCUGGCAUGAAGAAAUCAAGUAAACAACAAAGGAACACUGAGAUGGUGGCUAGAAUAUUGCCUUACUUGACUUAUGGUGAGCCUGCUGCCAUGGAAGCUCUUGUCCAGCAUUUUGAUCCAUACCUACAGAACUGGACAGAAUUUGACCGGCUACAAAAGCAGCAUGAAGAUGACCCCAAAGAUGAGAGCACCGCAAAGCAAGCUGUAAAUCAGAGGUUUGCAGUAGAGAACUUUGUCAGAGUCUCUGAGUCCCUCAAAACUAGCGCCUGUGGGGAGCGGCUGAAGGAUAUUAUAUUGGAGAGGGGAAUUACCGGAGUUGCAAUUCAGCACCUUAGAGAGAGUUUUGCAGUUUCUGAGCAUCCUGGUUAUAAAUCUAAGCCAGAGUGGACAUUGGGAUUGAAAUUGCCAUCAGUUCCACUUAUCUUAUCUAUGCUGAGAGGAUUAUCAAUGGGCCAUAUGCCCACACAGAAUUAUAUUGAUGAUGGAGGUAUCUUACCUUUGCUCCAUGCAUUGGAGGGUGUGUCAGGAGAGAAUGAGAUUGGAGCAAGAGCUGAAAAUUUACUUGAUACACUAUCCGACAAGGAAGGGAAUGGAGAUGGAUUUUUAGGGGAGAAAAUUAUCAAGUUACGGCAUGCGACGAAGGAUGAGAUGAGGCGUCUUGCUCUAAGGAGAAGGGAAGAAUUGCUACAGGGUCUGGGUAUGCGACAGGAACUAUCUUCUGAUGGUGGGGAGCGUAUUGUUGUUUCUCGUCCAAAUCUUGAAGGUUUGGAGGAUGUGGAGGAAGAAGACGGGUUAGCAUGUAUGGUGUGCAGAGAGGGAUACAGUUUGAGGCCAAAUGACCUUCUGGGAGUAUACUCGUACAGCAAGCGAGUGAAUCUAGGUGUUGGCACUUCAGGAAGUGGUAGAGGAGAGUGUGUUUAUACAACUGUGUCUCAUUUUAACAUCAUCCAUUUCCAGUGUCACCAGGAGGCUAAAAGAGCAGAUGCUGCUUUGAAGAAUCCCAAGAAAGAGUGGGAAGGGGCUACCCUUAGAAACAAUGAAACUCUCUGUAAUGCUUUGUUUCCUAUCAGAGGACCCGCUGUUCCAUUGGUUCAGUAUGCCCGCUAUGUGGACCAGUACUGGGCUCAUCUGAAUGCAUUGGGACAUGCUAGUGGAACUAACCUUCGUUUAUUGAUGUAUGACAUUGUUCUGAUGCUAGCCCGUUUUGCAACUGGGGCAUCUUUCAGUACCGACUGCAAAGGUGGAGGUAAAGAGAGCAACUCCAACUUCCUACCUUUUAUGAUCCAGAUGGCUCGUCAUCUGUUGGAUCAAUCUAGUUGCUCUCAGCGCCGUGCAAUGACGAGGGAAAUCUCAUCAUAUCUCACCUCAUCUUCUGAUGCUCGACCUUCAUCAUCGUCUCCAAUGCAACCUUCUAAUAGUACAGAAGAGACCGUACAAUACAUGAUGGUGAGCUCUCUUCUGACAGAGUCCUAUGAGUCUUGGCUCCAGCACCGUCGUGCCUUCCUUCAGCGAGGCAUCUAUCACGCAUACGUGCGACAUUCCCACAACAGAUCUUUGCCUCGAGGUUCUAGUCCUGCAAGGCCUGAAUCAUCAAAAACAAGUGGGACCGAUGAUCUACUUCCUAUCGUUCAACCUAUGCUCGUCUACACAGGUCUAAUAGAACAACUCCAACAAUUCUUCAAACCGAGAAAGUCUGCUGCUGGCGCCUCGUCCAGUGGUGAAGGAACAUCAAAACAGUCAGAAGGGGACGAUGAGAAUAGCUUAGAGAGUUGGGAAAUAAUAAUGAAGGAAAAACUAGUGAAUAUGAAGGAGAUGGUUGGAUUUUCAAAAGAGCUUUUAUCAUGGUUGGACGAUAUGUCUUCUGCUAGCAACUUACAAGAAGCCUUCGACAUUAUUGGUGCUUUAUCAGAUGUACUAUCCGGUGGAUUUAAAAGUUGUGAAGAAUUUUUGCAGGCGGCUAUUAACGCAGGUAUGAGUUGAAGCAAAUGGUAUAUUCGAUAAAUCUUGUAGUUUUGAUGUACAAUUCUAGUAUUUGAGUUUUUCUUUUUUCCUUAUCACCUGACAAUCAAAUAUGGCUCUAUUUGCUUGAGCUGAUGAUAUGGGUUUCCUAUUUCUCCCUAAAUACAGUUUUGUACUUUUGUUGAUUCAAUUGAAUUAACAUUUUUCAAAA